AGGCUCUUGAAGAACUCAUUCUCUGAGAAAGAAAAUGCUCUCAAAUUUCCACUCUUUCGGCUCAGAGCAAUAUGAUGGCUCUCUGUUGUGAAUAUGCGGCACAAAAGAGAACAGCCAAUAAGAAAAGCAAACACAUGGAGUGCCAAUGGAUGGGAGACUCCGAAUGGAUUCCCUCGUCACAAAAUCAAUAGAUAAACGCGAUAAGAAAAAUCCCCAAACAGCUGUUUCGCUAUUCCAAGUAAACGUAAACAACUGAGCGAAAGGAAAACCAAAGAGACAGCGCGAGCGUAGGAGAGGAAAAUUAAAAAUAGGACAACCACAGAGAAAGUCUAAAUAAACGCUCUCUCGCUGUGUCGUUCUCUCGCUCUCUCGCUCUUAGCCAUAGGUUGGGCCAGGCCGCAUUCGAAUUUUCCGAUUUAGUCAGACGCAGCUCUUCGUCGUUGUCGGUAGCCGAAAUUCAGCGGAAAAGCGGAAAGUGAACAGCGCACUGAGGCACUAUCGUACACUCACACACUCAUGAAGAGACCCACACACACACACGCGUACAGUGACAGUGUGCCAUAUGUGUAAUCAAAACGACGGGCCGCGCUAAGAGCAAAAGUUUAUAUAUAGAAAAUUGUACGCACAGCUGAGGAAAACUAAAUUCGGUGUGCAGCUGAAAAUAAAUGAAAGAAAAUUAACGAAAAUUACGAAGACGAUUGAAUUUUACGUGUGUGUUCCAACUUUCUUUCUGCUCCUCUCGCAUGCAAUAACUUAAAUAUUACGCAUACGCCGCGUCGCCGCGAUUGUGUGUGUGUGGUGAAAAAUUAUUGGCAAAAAUUUUGCGCCUGGCGCCAGCGUCAACGCCAUCGCCAUCACCAAACGCUAGCGUCAGCAUCGCUGCUUGCUGCUCGCUGCUGACGUCGCGACUCCACCCAAAAUUGUAUACCAAAUUUGGUAGCAAAAACAUUUGGCAAAUGCUUCAAUAGUCGCAAGUGCAUUGCUAAAGCGUUUAGUGUGUGGUGUGCUAAAAGAUUGUGUGUGUGUGUCUGUGCACAAGCAGCAAACAACAAAAGACCGGAAAAUGCUAGAAAAAUGUUUGGUACAUGUGAAAAGUUGAUGACACAUUUCGCUGUCAUUUUGACCGCAUUUCUUGUCUCCCAGCCGCUCUUGUUGUUGCUGAUCUGCGGUCCGCCAACGACACCUCAUGGCGGUACCACCCAUUUAUCCCCUAUGCUGGUGCACGCCUCCGCCGCGGACGAAGCUGUUGGAAAAUGGGCGACACAAUUUGGAGAUGAACUGUAUUUACUGGCCCAAAAGAUAACCAAGUCCCAGCAGGUAAAGGAGAAAUACAAGGAAUAUAAUGCCCGCGUCGAACUCAAGAAUGGCACCGAACUGAUCCAAUCUAUAACCGCAAAUGUGGGCAAAAUGUUGGCACGCAAAAUGGAAGCAGUGCGUUGCAUUCAGGAGAAGGCCGAGAUAGUCAAUGAGAACUUUGAAUUCAAUCAGACAUAUGCGGAAUCGAAUUUCACCUACUAUUCCAGCAAAUAUUCCACUUUCAAUGGCAACAGUUCCGAACAACUUGAACCAAAUGAGGCGGAGUAUUCUUAUAUGUAUCGCGAUAUGCAACUGAAUCCGGAUACACAUUUCUACAAUAUAUCCGUGGACACGGAGCAUUCUUCGGUGCAUGUACCGUCGAAUGUCUGGGAUCGAAAGAGCACUGUACUUAGGACCAUUCAAUGGUCAGAGCAACUGGACGAAGUAUUCCGUCAGAAUUAUCAAUCGGAUCCUGCUCUCUCCUGGCAAUACUUUGGCUCCGACACGGGAAUUCUACGGCAUUAUCCGGCCGCACAAUGGACGGAUUCGCGGACCAAUAAACUGGAUGCGGAUACGUACGAUUGCCGCAAGAGAUCGUGGUACAUUGAGACGGCCACGUGCUCGAAGGACAUAGUCAUAUUGCUGGAUUAUUCGGGUUCGAUGACGGGUCAUCGCCUUCAUGUGGCCAAGUUCACCAUACGCAGCAUAUUGGACUCUUUCUCGAACAACGAUUUCUUCACGAUCUUCAGGUAUUCGAACAAUGUUACGGGCAUUGUGCCCUGCUUCAAAGAUGCCCUCGUCCAGGCCACGCCCGAGAAUAUUGAGACCUUCAACUCAGCCAUUGCUAAACUUAAAGAUCCCAAAGAUUAUGCGAAUCUUACAGAAGCUUAUGAUUAUGCCUUUCAAAUUCUACGCAACUAUUAUAUAAAUCGUAGAUGCAAUGAGACCACCAACUGCAAUCAGGCCAUAAUGCUGGUUACUGACGGCGUUGCUGGUAAUACGACGGAGGUAUUCGAGCAAUACAACUGGGGAAAUGGCGAGAAUGGAACUUCCAGAAUGAAUGUCCGCAUCUUUACGUAUCUGCUGGGCAAGGAGGUGACCAAGGUGCGAGAGAUUCAGCUAAUGGCAUGCAUGAAUCGUGGCUACUAUUCACAUGUUCAAACUCUCGACGAAGUCCACGAGGAAGUGCUGAAGUAUGUCGACGUGAUUGCGACGCCGUUGGUGCUGCAGGACGUUCAACAUCCACCCACUUGGACGCACGCCUUCACCGACAAAACAUACGAUCCGUUGAACUCAACAGAACGAAGGCCGCGUCUAAUGAUUGCCGUCGGAGUUCCAGCCUUUGAUCGUUCCUAUUGCCAUGAGAACAGUACCAAUCGCCGAGCUCGUCUACUAGGCGUGGCCGGAACAGAUGUGCCUGUCGAGGACAUUGACAAGCUGACGCUGCCCUACAAGCUUGGCGUCAAUGGCUACUCAUUUGUGGUGUCCAACAAUGGCUAUGUGCUGCUCCAUCCAGAUCUGCGUCCCAUAGGCUCGAACGGAAAAAUGAAUCCCAAUUAUAAUAGCAUCGAUUUUACCGAGGUUGAACAUCUCUUCGAAGAUCAAAGCCCGCGUGAACCGGGUGAAUCUAUUCUAAAUAUACGCCGUGCUAUGGUGAAUCACGAGGCCAAGGAAUUUAAGGACAUCUCCGUCAAAUUCCACUACGAUAAAAUGCGACGCGUCUCUGAGGAGAAGCAGGACUACUUCUUUGCCCCCCUACCAAAUACCCCUUUCACAUUGGGGAUUGUUAUGCCGAGCGAUUAUGGCAAGACUUGGAUCAAAGUGGGCGAUGAGGUGGACAAGAACAAGCACAUGAAGGUGAACAUCUCCGAGUUCUUCAUUGGUGAAAACUGGAAAGUGCAUCCUGAUUGGGUCUAUUGCAAGUACCACUAUCUGGAGGGUCACGAGUUUAAGACGCCUGAGGCAGAGUUACGGGAAUUUCUAGAGAAGAUGAUGAGGCUCGACUGGAAAUUUCCAGAACAAUAUGCGGAAGAAGAGUCCGAUUUUGAUGACAAAGACGAUCUGAACUGUGGACGAAAGACACUCGGAGAUGAUGCCUACUACUGCAACAAGGAGCUGGUGCACUUGCUCAUCUUUGACGCCAAGGUGACAAACUUUAGCUACGGCGAAUGGAAGUUCGAGAAUGAACAGGAACGACAACUGAUCGAAAAAUUUGGGGCUACUUUACGUUUUGUGGCUACAAUGAGCGGAUUGACACGCUGGCAAUUCAUCUUCGGUGAAGUGGAGGUGGAUACGGAUCAGGAGUUUGGCGAUUAUCAUACGACGGCAAUUGAUGAGACAUGGUACAAGAGCGCCAUAUUGCAACACCAUCAGGACAACACCGAGAGUUUUGUCUAUUCGGUGAAGCAUUACAACGAUCCGCUCGAGGACAGCGAUCUGAAGGUGACAGCCUCGCAUGCAAUCUUCCCCAGAGAUGGCGGCAAGGAGGCGCCCGCCUGUGUCGUAGGAUUCCAGUUCUCCCAAACUCGGAUGUAUGAACGAUUCUUCAACAUUACAGCCGUUGACAAUUGCAAUAAUUGCCUUCCUAUCUGCACUGAUGAUGAUGUCGAUUGUGUGGUUAUCGAUAACAAUGCCUACAUCGUGGUCGGCCAGAAUUUGAAUACUACAGGCAAGUUCUUUGGAGAAUUCCAUGGCGAUGUCAUGGCUGCCAUGGUAGAAAAGGGCAUCUUCCAAAGCAUCGAAGUCUACGACUUUCAGGCUCUCUGCAAAGAAGAACCAACAUCUCCCAGCGAUGGUCACAGUCUGUUGCAUCCUUUAAAAUUAUUGAGUCUCACUUGGAAAUGGCUAAUAGCGCAGCUAUUCUGGCACUACCAAAGGGUACAAUGGUGGGCGGAUGGAGCGCCCUUCAUGGAAUACAUAGACAAUAUCGAGGACGAAUAUGUGGCAGUCGGCGACAGCAACUCACAAUCGGCAGCGAAGCCCAAAGAGGAUGGCGAUGAUGGUGAUGCAAUAUUUCAAGCACCUGAGCCGGAGCCCAAAUAUACGCCUUGCGAUAUGCAAUCCACACUGUACUCGCUGCAACCCGAGUCACUCGUGGGGAUCAAUGACUAUGUGACGGUGCCAUCGACACGUCCAUUUCUGGUUAAAAAGAUACCCUACUCGAAUCUGUUGCUGGUGGUGGUCAAUGUGCUGAUGCCAUCGCGCAACGUUCGCCUUACCACCGAGCCAACACGCAUCACGAGUUACGAAUCCGCAUAUCCAUGCUACAAGCUCAACAUGAGCUUCUACGAACGUCGGCGCAUUGAAGAAUGCUUCACGGUGCAUGAAAAUGAGCAAAAUUUCACGUAUUGCGGAAAUGCCUCGCGGCUUCGACUGACGGCACAGCUGCUGCCGUUGACCAUAAUUUUGAUGUUUUACUUGACGCGUUGCUUUAUGCGCAUCUAGUUGAUAGAACCUAUACAAGCAUAUAUAUGUAUACUAUAUACCUAUGUACUAUUGCGAUCUGUUUGUUUUUUAGAUUGUAAACUAUUGUGUAGUACAAUUUUAGUCGAAUGUUUAACAACAACUAAACCAGUUACCAGAUACCAACUAAAAUGGCACAAUCUCUAACUAACUAAUACAUGUUUAGCAGCAAUAACAAAACAACAAUUUCAACUUUUAGACUUACAAAAUACGCCAAAUGUUAAGAGAAAGAAUCGUUUUACUUUAUUAAGUCCUAAUCGAAAUACGUGGAACAGUCGAGUUCAAUGGUUUUUAUCGACUUUACCUCAAAAGUAUAUAAUAUACCUUUUGCAAUAUUUGAUACACAGAAGAGUCCGCUUUUAAAUUUUCUAUUUUCGUUUUAUAUUUUCACACAUUCGACAGACACUCUGCGAAUCUCGCACAAAAAAAAAAGAAGUUAAGUUUUAUUUUUAUAUACUAUGUAUUUGUUAAAUACAUGAUACUAGCAAAAGAGCCCACGUUUCAUUAACUAUUUUUAUAGUUUCACAUGGUACAACCUAUGCCAAAUAUUAACGAGAAGCGAACGCAAACAAAAAUAAUAAAAAAAAAAAAACAAUUAUUUUUGUAAUUUUAUAAAAUAA